AUGGAAACAAAAGAUGAAAAUAAGUACAGAAAUUAUACCAAAUGCCGUAACCAAGUGAAAAACGAGUUGAGAAAAGCAAGGGAAAUUAUGGAGAGGGACAUUUCCAGUGAUGCUAAACAAAACCCUAAACUAUUUUGGAAAUAUGUGAUUUCAAAGCGAAAGGUAAAAGUACGUGUUUCUGAUUUUAUUUCUAAGACGGAUAAUUCCCAAUCGAUCACCGCAAUUACAGAUCAGGAUAAAGCGGAUGUCCUGGCAGGCCUUUUCAGCAGCGUAUUUACAGAAGAACCGGUCGGAGAAGUACCUAUACUCGAACCAAGGCGUCUCAAUAAGGAAUUUCAAGACAGUGUUAUAGAAGAAGAAAGAGUAAAAAAGGAAUUGUUAAAGUUAGAUCCAAACGACAAUGAGGAGGUAGGUCGAAGACGGAGACACCUUGGCGAAAAAAAGACUUCCUCGGAGAUAAGAAGAGAGAAGGUCAAGAUGAAGAAAAAUAUCGGCCUUAUCGGUGGCAUUUCAUUUGUCAUUGGCUCAAUUAUCGGUUCAGGAAUAUUCAUCACCCCAAAAGAUGUGUUAGUUGAAACGGGAUCGGUAGGACUCUGCCUCCUUGUGUGGACAUUUGCGGGAAUCCUUUCCCUUCUAGGUUCACUAUGUUAUUGCGAACUAGGGUGUCUUAUACCGAAGUCAGGAAGUGAGUACCAAUACCUGAUGGCGGGAUUAGGGAAAUUCGUCGCUUUUCUAUUUGCGUGGACACAGACUUUCGUGCUGACUCCAUCAGCUGUCUCAAUUUGUAUCCUCACCUUUGCUGAAUAUAUGGUUGUGUUAUUUGAUCAUUGUGGAACGUCUAAAACACUUGUUAAACUCAUAGCUGUCAUAACAAUGAUAUUCCUGGCCAUCGUAAAUUGUUGGGACACCAAACAAGCAGUAUAUCUUCAAGUGUUCCUCUCAGCAGUCAAGCUCAUCGCUCUCAGUGUCAUAAUUAUUGGAGGCUUUGUAUGGCACGGCCGAGGUAUGACCGGGGCUAUGCAGGAGGGUUUCUCCGGCACCACAAAUUCUGUCUCUUCUGUUGCACUGGCAUUCUACAACGCAUUCUGGGCGUAUGAAGGAUGGAAUAGACUGAAUUGUGUGACGGAGGAACUGAAGCAUCCACAUAAAAACCUUCCGCGGGCAAAUAUUUUUGGGGUGACACUCACAAUUGUAGUAUACCUGCUCGCUAACGUCUCGUACCUCACUGUACUCGGAACGGAUGGACUUCAGCAGUCAAGAGCCGUAGCAUUCACAUGGGGUGAGAUAGUUCUCGGACCUGCCGGGAUACUAAUGCCGGUUGCUGUGUUGUUUUCAACAAUCGGAGCAGCAAAUGCGACCUUGUUUGGUGGAUCAAGGAUACUGUACGCUGCUGCCAGAGAAAAACAAUUCCCUGAGGUUUUGUCCUACGUCAGUUGUAAAAGGUAUACUCCAAUACCCAGCAUCAUGUUAACGACAAUACUGGCCUUGUUGUUUAUGACAUUUGGUGAAAUUCGGAGCCUUAUCAACUUUUUCAGUUUCGCAGCCUGGCUAUUUUAUACCCUUACAGUUUUGGCGUUGGUGGUAUUGAGAUUUACCAUGAAGAACUCGCAUCGUCCUAUUAAAAUCUUCAUUUUGUUUCCACUGAUUUUCAUAGUGUGUUCGAUGUACUUAGUGGUAGCACCGAUCAUCCAGAAUCCUACCGUUGAGUUCCUGUAUGCAUUCCUAUUUAUGUUGGGAGGACUGAUAUUAUAUAUACCUUUCGCACACUGCCGUACAGAUCGAGGCUGUUUCGAAUCCGUGACCAGAUUAGUUCAGUAUCUGAUGGAGGUGGUACCAAGUCCGUACGAGCCUGGUGAACUGUGA